AUGAUUGAAUCAGCAAUUGUCACAUACUGGUAUAUCACCAUCCCUUUAGUAUUCUUAGUAUACCUCGUCAUAAGCUACAUCCAUGAACAAACUUUGAUACGCAAGUUUAAAGCCAAGCCAUUCACAAAUUAUCUCAAUGACGGUACUUUUGGUAUAUGUGAAGGUUUCCUGGCUUUAAAACACAAGAAAGCGGGUACUUCAAUUGAACACUAUCGUGAACAAUACGAAUUAUUACCACACCCUGAUGUCCCCACCUAUAGAGGAUAUGUAUUUGGCACACCUAUUGUUUUGACCAAAGAUCCCGAAAAUAUCAAAGCCAUCUUGGCUACUCAAUUUAAUGACUUUUCCUUGGGUAUCAGACAUGCUCAACUUGAUCCAUUGUUGGGGGAUGGUAUCUUCACUUUGGAUCAUCAAGGUUGGAAAGAUUCAAGAGCAAUGUUGAGGCCGCAGUUUGCUAGAGAACAGAUUGCUCAUGUUAAAGCAUUGGAACCUCAUUUCCAAUUCUUAUUGAAACAUAUUGAGAAGAAUAAAGGUCAGUUCUUUGACAUUCAAGAAUUGUUUUUCAGGUUUACUGUUGAUUCAGCUACUGAGUUUUUAUUUGGAUCUAGUGUGUCGUCUUUACAAGAUGAGUCUAUUGGCUGUGACACUACCGACUUGAACUUUGCUGGAAGGUUGGAGUUCCCAGAAGCUUUCAACAAGUCACAAUUGUAUUUGUCCACUAGAGCUUUGUUGCAGAAAUUGUACUGGAUUUACAAUCCAAAGGAGUUUAGGAGAUGCAAUGCAGUCGUCCAUCAGUUCAGUGACUACUACAUCAACAAGGCCUUGAGCUUUACCCCAGAGGAUCUCGAAAAGAAUAGCGGGUACGUUUUCUUAUACGAGUUAGUGAAACAGACUAGAGACCCCAAAGUUUUGAGAGAUCAAGCAUUGAACAUCUUGGUUGCCGGUAGAGAUACAACUGCUGGAUUGUUGUCCUUCACCGUAUUUGAAUUGGCAAGAAAUCCCGAGAUGUACUCCAAAUUGAGAGAGGAGAUCGAAUCCAAGUUUGGCUUGGGCAAGGAGGCUAGAAUCGAGGAGAUCACUUUUGAAAAUUUAAAGAAAUGUGAAUACUUGAAAGCAGUCUUGAAUGAAGCUUUACGUAUGUACCCCUCGGUACCCAGAAACUCGCGUGUGGCUUCAAGAAACACCACAUUACCGCAUGGAGGUGGACCAGACGGCAUGUCGCCAGUUUUCAUCCCAAAGGGCAAAACUGUCAUUUACAACAUUGCUGCAACACAAAGAGAUCCAAAUUACUACGGAAAAGAUGCUGAUGUGUUUAGACCUGAGAGAUGGUUUGAAGAACUGACAAAGAAGUUGGGCUGGGCUUAUUUGCCAUUCAAUGGUGGUCCUCGUAUCUGUUUGGGUCAACAGUUUGCUCUUACUGAGGCUUCUUACGUCAUUACUAGAUUAGCUCAAAAUAUCGCCACAAUAGAAUUGCAAGAUGGCUACUCCUAUCCACCUAAAAAGAUGACCCAUUUGACUAUGUGCGUAUUUGAUGGGGUGCACGUUAAAAUGGAAAAAUAA